CUUCAACAAAGCAUUCAAUUGUCAGCUGUAGCGCAAUGGCCAGAGUCAUGCAGGAUUCGGCUACUGCUUUGCUGCGGCAUCUUGCAGUCCGCAGCAGAGAGGAUGACAUCGCAGCGUCUGAUGUGUUCAGCCCGGUGCCUCACGGCCGCAAUGCAUCGGAGGGCCUCAACCCGACGGUGGUCUACUUCGUUAUCGGCCUCUACAUCCUCUGCGGUACCCUACUGCUCGUGGCACUCAAUGCAGAUGCCGCAGACAGGCGGUUCAAGGCACUCAAGGCCAAGGCGGAGAAGAGCAGCACGCAGCAGGGACGGCGCAAGUCGUCCCUCAUGUCGCCCGUGUCCUACAGAGGCUCACUUGCCAGGAUCGAGCAAAUCGUCGGUAAGAAAUCGCUGCCGGAAGACGUGAUAGCGUCGGCAUUGGCCGACCAGCUGAUGAAGGAAGCGGUGACAAUUAAGCAGUUGGGGCUGCAGACGGCUAAUGGGGAGGCGGAGGGCUCUGCAAGGGCGUCCGGGAGGGGCUCCGGGAGGCGGAGCACGGUGUAUGAGGACCCCGCCCCGUUUGUCUUCUCGAUGGAGGGGGACUUGUUGGUCAAGCCUAUAUCGAGCAGCGGAUACUUCAGCAUCCAGCUGAAAAGGUGAUGGAUGCGUACUGUGUCUGCUCACCGCAUACGUGCAUUCCCUGUUCUCCGCCUGUGGGUGCAUGCAUGCAGUUUUCUGUCCUUCUUCCUGAACCACCACCUGUUCCUCUCUCUCUUUUCGGCCUCCCUCCCGGCCUUCUCGCGCAUCAAGCGCACCUUCUAUGCGUGCUGGGUGCUGCACAUGUGCUGCCUCCUGGCCGGCAUCGUCGUCAACUACCACGAGCUAUCGCUCGACAGCGGUGAAAGCCACGACAUGCUGGCCACGGUGCAGGGCAGUGUCUAUGCCGCCAUUGUGCUGUAUCCCUUCUACCGGUACUUUCUGUACCUGUUGCGCCACACCUACUACCACGAGCUGAACCCUUUGUUUCGGCCUGAGUUCCCGCCACUCAACAUUCGGAAGUUUGCACACAUCCCCGAUAAGACAUUUCUCGAAUGGGUGAGUUUGUGAGUCGGACUGGCUGAGCUGGUGGUAUCUGAAUCAGCAUGCUGUCUCUGUGAUCGCUCAGGUGUUGUGCAUGCGAAAUGCGCACGAGCGUCGGCUGGUGUGGGUAUUCCAGCAGCGGGGUCUCAGCCACCGGUUCUGGACAGUCCUGUGGCGGUCGAUCCGAUCCACACUCACAGGCAGCAUUUACAAGAGAUACGGGUGGGUCAAAGAGGCACGAGAGGAGAGACACACAGACACGCGCACAAAAAAGGACGUUGGUUUGUGGUGGCUCGUGUAGUCGGCUGACGUCCUUUCUGCUGCUCUUGACAUUGCUGAUAUCAGCUGGCUUGGCCACGGCCUACCUUUUAGAGGUCACCGGGCGCCUGCCCAGCGACGUCAUCCAAUACUGGUAACACCUGACACACAUGUGUGGACACGAGAGACACAUAUAUAUGUCUCUCUUUUUUCUGCCUUGGCUGUACCCACACAUUCACUCCUGGAUAUAUGUCAGGGCAGUGGGUUUGGUUACUGUGUUUGUGGUGUUGGUGUUUGUGCUGGAGCCGCUGUCGCUCUUCUUCUGGCACGUCAUCUACACGUCAUGGGUGCGCGCAGGGGCGAGAAAACACCAGGUAACCACCCACAGCCAGCCAGUCAGCCAGCCAGUCAGCCAGCCAGCCACGGACUCACCUGCUUCUACGUGUCAGUUUGCCUACUGUGGCCGCGAGCUGGUGGGCCUUCCACAGAACAUCGAGCUGGCAAAAGUGGCAGACAACAACGUGUUCAAAGUGAGUGAGACAAGAUGAGAUGAGACGACGCGAGACCCAACCGACGGGUAAUGCCUCAUUGGUUAUUGCCUACAUCGAUCAGCGUGCAGAGGAGGUGGCUGCCCGUCGGCUGCAGCGCUUGUGGCGGUCCAAGAGCGCGUCAUGGGUCGACCGGGGCGAGAAGGUCCGCUCCGUCACCAAGAUACAGGCCGCCAGGAGGCGGACCAUCGCCCAACGAAAGUAGGAUCUCAUCCCACUCCUCAACACAGACAGACCGCAGGGCGUCCACAUACCCAUCGACACGUGCUUGGCAUACAGAUAUGCGCGUGACCGCCUGUGGCACAUGGACAUAGAGGUGUUCGCCUGCAAAAAGCUCAGGUCAGCUUUGACGCAUGCAUCCAUCAUGCGGAGACCACUCGGUCACUUCGUGUGUCUCUGUGCCCCAUGCAGGAUGGUAGCUCUCGAGGGUUUGAUGAACCCUUUUGUCCGCUUUGCGUGCGACAAAGGUGAUCAAUCCACAAAUGCAAAACUGCUGGCACAUCGUGUGUGUCCGUGUGGUGUGGUGUGGUGUGGUGUGUAUGCGGCCAGGCAAUCCUGAGACAUAUGAGACUGACGUCGAUUGGGAGGCCAACCAGAACCCGAAAUUCAAGGCCAACAACCGAUUCAAAAUAGACAUCAAAGUCAGCAAUCGACACAGUCUGUCUGUCAAUCAUCUUCUCACCCAGUCGACACGUCAUGUGUGUGCGCUACAGGAUGCAGCCCUCUUGUGGGUGUCAGUGUGGAACAGGACCAUUCACACGGAUGACUUCAUCGGUGAGAGACAGACAUGUGUGUGUGUACAGCCUGUCUCGCAGCUGCCGUGUCUCACUGGCUGUUCGUCCAUAUCUCUCCCUCGUCUGGCUGCCUGCAUCUGUUCUGUCUGAAUGUGUGAGCAGGCCGCGCCACCUUGGUGUUUGAUGAGUACAAGAGCAAGAAGCAGAGGACCACCGACCUGUGGAUACCGUUGUAUGACAGAAUACAAGAAGACCCGGUCAGUCAGUCAGACAGACACACAGACAGACAGACGCACACGCACCAAUACGGAGGCGAGGGACUGAUUUGCGCCAUUCUCGCCCAUGCUUGUGCAGUCUGCGGUCACCGACAAGGCUUCGGAAAGGCCGCUGGGCAAUCUGUCUGGCGAAGUGCACAUCAGAUUCACAUUCAAGGACCCCCUCAAGGUCAGUCGCCCACAAUGAGACCAGACCCGACUUGUAUACACACGUUGGCCACUUUGAUGGUGCAAUAUGUCAAAACGGCCUUUGCAGGAGGACUGCGGUGACGAUUCUUGGAUGCUGCCCAAGCACAAGAUUCUGCUGCAGAAGGGCGCCGCCAGCACGGCGCCGCCCGCGACAGUUGUCACCGCACCGACAAGAAAGUAUUGAUUGCCUGGCGGUGCAAGGUGAAUGUGCGUGUUUCUAUUGU